AUGGGUCUAAGCGCCCCGCCGUCAUCCUGGGGAUCGCUGAUUGAAUUCUUCGCCGUAGCGAGCGACAAUCCAGUGACGGCGGCGAUGAUGGCGAAUUCUACGGGUCCUUCGUUGGCAGAGGACUUGGAGUCCUCAAAAUUUGAGGCCAAAAGACACUCUGCAUGUGAUGAAUGCCGGAAACGAAAGCUCAAAUGCUCAGGGGAGCUGAGUGGGUGUGCGCGCUGCUCGAAGCAAAUGAUCACUUGCAUUUAUUCACUACAAAAACCCAUGGGCCGACCGCCCAAGAAGAGAGCCCGAUUGGACGAGGGAGGGGGCGAUUCCUCUACACAAGCAAAUACUAUAUGGCCUACGCCCGAGGUAACGCCUCCGGCAUCGUUAUCGUCUGAAAAUGAGUCGACUGCGCCCACAGACGCCAGUUAUAUAUGCCCCCAGUUCUUUGUGCAUCAUGGCGGUCUAUCACAGUCACCCGAGUCAGAUGUACCCGCCUUUGAUGAAGAAAACAGCCGAGGCUGGCGUCCGGAGCGUACGAAAAAUGGCAACUUGCCAGUACCCGAGACAUCCAGCCCGUGGCCAGACUUUGCAACCGUUUCACAGUCCUCCUCGAUGCCCUUUCCAGGGUCAACAAAUUCCCUUGAAUCAAAUCCUCUCCUGAUGACCCCUCCAAUGACGAAUCUCACCAAUUCCUCCGGCCCCCAAUGUACAUGUCUGUCGUACCUCUACUUGUGUCUUUCCCACAUUUCCUCUCUCGCCUCCUUUCCCGUCAAUUCCCAUACACUUUGUUCCUUAUAUAUCGCAGCCAGAACCGCGCUGGACGUGAUUCGCUGCGAGUCGUGCCCAAAAAGCUUCGCCACUGGCGUGCAAAAUGUGAUGUUCACGGGAACCCUGCUCACUGUGGUGGCAGAUGCCUGGUUGCGCGUUUAUAACAGUGAUCCCAUGGAGUUGGGAAAGCAAUCCGCACCGCCCGAGUUUGUGAACAAGGCUGCACAGUGCGCCAAUCAAAUAGAGGUCUGGAAAGACUGGCUUCGUCAAAUUGUCCGUCAGGCCGUCGUCGGCGGAUAUCUCGACCCCGAGGCUGGUACGCGAUGUUCAAAGCAGCGCGAUCUAUUGUCGCUGAUUCGAGAACUGGAAGAGCGCCAGCGUCGGUGGCAUUCUCCAGGACAGCAUCCUUUGGGCGAAUGCACUCCAAUGUCUUCUCCGGCUGCGGGCCAGCAUCGAGGAGACGCAGACGAGGAUACCGACGAAAAGCAGCUACUCUGUAUACGGGUUGUAGGUAGCGCACGUUCGGUCCUUGCCAAGUUCAAUUUUGAGCCUCGAGAUUUUCCCGGAGGUCAGAUACCCGAUGAUAUGGCACGUGUGAUGAACCCGUAA